GAGGUGGUGCACUGCCUUCCUCCAGGUGGGAGAUGAGGUGGUGCACUGCCUUCCUCCAGGUGGGAGACGAGGUGGUGCACUGCCUUCCUCCAGGUGGGAGACGAGGUGCUGCACUGCCUUCCUCCAGGUGGGAGAUGAGGUGGUGGUGCACUGCCUUCCUCCAGGUGGGAGAUGAGGUGGUGGUGCACUGCCUUCCUCCAGGUGGGAGACGAGGUGGUGCUGCACUGCCUUCCUCUAGGUGGGAGACGAGGUGCUGCACUGCCUUCCUCCAGGUGGGAGAUGAGGUGGUGCACUGCCUUCCUCCAGGUGGGAGACGAGGUGGUGCACUGCCUUCCUCCAGGUGGGAGAUGAGGUGGUGGUGCACUGCCUUCCUCCAGGUGGGAGACGAGGUGCUGCACUGCCUUCAUCUGAAUUAAAAUAGAUGCUUGGGUCGCUGUAUUCGAAAAUACUGAUUUUUUUACUAAACAUGAAAUGUUACCUUUCAUCCUGGGUCCCGUAUAUAUUUUAUGACACUUCUAUCAUUCGCGGACAGUG